AUGCAUAGCGAUUUCGAAUAUCAUGUCGGUCUGGAUUAUACACAGAAUCUGUUCAUUCCAACUGUUUUUGAGGAGCAAGAUGGGGAGAUUAUUGCGCUGAAUAACGAGACUGGUAUUGCUGAAAAGUCAGUGUCCCUCGGGAUUGAGCCAAGGCUAGACGGUGUACCAGACGAUAUCCAAUCUUUUACAAACCCACUCAACAUGCACGUUCUCCAGGAUCCAGCGGAUUGGGGUGAUAUGCCCGUAUACGUUGAUUUCUACUCCACUGCCAUUCCCUUCUUCCCGUACCUCCACCAACUCAUCAAGUCCCAACUCAACAUUGUCGAAGCAGAGCCAUUACUGGAGAUUGCCGUUAACGGGGAGCGCUUGGUGUACUGGGAAUCGCGGUCGAACGUCACUCAGAAGAUGCCGAAAACCUUCAUCGUCGAUUCCGGGGAGGUUUGUAUCGUCAAGCGUGAAUUCGGGUAUGUUUGUCAUGCAAAGACGGAAAAGGCGGAGGCGGAGAAGCCGUGGUAUGAUGAAGUAUUUCGGGAUGGGAUGGGAGACCUCGAGAUCUAG